UAUGAUGAGGAAGGGACAGAAAAUUCCAAAGCGUUGAAGAUUAAACAUGAUUAUUACAUAUACACGACACUACCAUUACCAACUCUACACUCCCAAUUUCAAGAUUCAGAUUACAAUUAUUAAUUAUUGAAAACUUCGUAGUUUAUUGAAUUCAAUUUAAUACAAUAAAUCAUCAUCUUCUUCUUCUGCCAUCCCAUAAAUUAUACUUUUUCCAAAACCCCCAAAUUUUGACUCAACAAAACAAGUUCUUAUGCAUGUCGAUGUAGAUCAAACAACACCAUGAAGUAAAAUUCCGAUCUUUGAGGCGACACCCAUUUCGCAUCUAUCCUUGAAAUCCAGCUACAAUGAAGAAAGUUUUGAUUUUGAUGGUGUUAAUGAUGAUGGGUAUUGAUUUUACAGAAGGGGUAAAGAAGGUAUCUUGGAGGUUGCACACACUGUUUUCUGUUGAAUGUCAGAAUUACUUUGAUUGGCAAACGGUUGGUUUGAUGAAUAGUUAUAGGAAAGCUAAACAACCUGGACCUAUUACUCGUCUUCUUAGUUGUACCGAUGAAGAGAAGAAGAAUUAUAAAGGGAUGCAUUUGGCUCCAACUUUUGAGGUGCCUUCUAUGAGUAGACAUCCCAAAACUGGUGAUUGGUAUCCUGCAAUAAACAAACCUGCCGGGGUCGUACACUGGCUUAAAUAUAGUAAAGAUGCAAUAAAUGUUGAUUGGGUUCUCAUUCUAGACGCAGACAUGAUUAUCCGUGGCCCAAUUUUACCUUGGGAACUUGGUGCUGAGAAAGGAAAACCUGUUGCAGCAUAUUAUGGGUACUUAAAAGGUUGUGACAAUAUUUUGGCUAAACUGCACACCAAAAACCCGGAGUUGUGUGACAAAGUUGGCGGGCUUUUGGCCUAUCAUAUUAGUGACCUACGGAAAUUCGCCCCGUUGUGGCUUUCCAAAACGGAAGAAGUACGUGAAGAUACGGAACACUGGGCAACAAACAUAACUGGAGACAUAUAUGGAAAAGGAUGGAUUAGUGAGAUGUAUGGAUACUCUUUCGGUGCUGCGGAAAUAGGACUUCGGCACAAGAUUAAUGAUAACUUGAUGCUCUACCCGGGUUAUGUUCCUCAAAACGGAAUUGAGCCGGUUCUUCUUCACUAUGGGCUUCCAUUUAGUGUCGGGAAUUGGUCAUUUGAUAAACUGGCUCACCAUGAUGAUGGAAUUGUUUAUCAAUGUAACCGGCUCUUUCCAGAGCCUCCUUAUCCAAAAGAGUUAUUAGAGUUGGAACUCGACGAUAACCGAAGGCGAGGACUCUUUAUAAGCAUAGAGUGCAUAAACACUAUAAACGAAGGUCUUGUAUUACUGCACGGAGCAAGCGGUUGUCCUAAGCCAGCGUGGUCGAAAUACUUGAGCUUUUUAAAAAGCAAAUCUUUUGCCGAACUAACUAAGCCAAAAUACGUGACUCCUGCUACAUUAAAAAUGAUGAAUGAAGAGAUCGUUAAAGCACCUGGUGAUCAGGAUGAGGGAAAGCUGCAUCCCAAAAUCCACACACUUUUUUCCACGGAAUGCACGACGUACUUUGAUUGGCAAACUGUAGGAUUUAUGCACAGUUUUCGUUUGAGUGGACAGCCCGGAAAUGUAACCAGACUACUUAGCUGCUCCGGCGAGGAUUUGAUGAAGUAUAAAGGCCAUGAUCUGGCUCCUACUCAUUAUGUCCCUUCUAUGAAUCGACAUCCAUUAACAGGAGAUUGGUAUCCAGCAAUUAAUAAACCAGCUGCAGUUCUUCAUUGGCUUAAUCACGUAAAAACCGAUGCUGAAUACAUAGUGAUUCUUGAUGCUGAUAUGAUCAUGAGAGGCCCAAUCACACCGUGGGAGUUCAAAGCUUCCCGUGGCCAUCCUGUUUCAACUCCUUACGACUACCUUAUUGGCUGUGACAACGAACUUGCAAAAUUACAUACUAGCCAUCCCGAGGCCUGCGACAAAGUUGGUGGUGUGAUCAUUAUGCAUAUAGAUGAUCUCCGGAAAUUCGCAAUGCUAUGGCUGCAUAAAACCGAGGAAGUUCGAGCUGAUAGAGCUCAUUAUGCAAGAAAUAUCACAGGAGACAUAUAUGAAUCCGGAUGGAUCAGUGAGAUGUAUGGCUACUCGUUUGGUGCGGCCGAGUUGAAACUAAAGCAUACAAUAAGCAGUGAGAUACUGAUAUACCCGGGAUACGUUCCUGCGCUGAACAUCAAAUAUCGAGUUUUUCAUUAUGGAUUGCGAUUCAGUGUCGGGAACUGGAGCUUCGACAAAGCAGAAUGGCGAAAGGUUGACAUGGUCAACAGAUGCUGGGCCAAGUUCCCAGAUCCUCCGGAUCCCUCAACUGUUGAUCAAGCUAAUCAGGAUAAUUUCCGACGUGACAUGCUCAGCAUAGAAUGUGGAAAAACCCUUAACGAAGCGCUCGAAAUUCAUCACAAGAAGAAGUGUCCUACUGCUGAUUCGAUGUUGAUUUCAAAAGGCGAUGAGAAAACAGAAGAAAGUGGAACUUCGAGUGAAAUCGGCAACACCGACGCAGGUAUUACAAUAACUAAUCGCGUCACAGCGACAAACCAUUCAGAGGAAUUAGUGAGUGAUCAGAAAGAUGAGAUUCCAAGUUCAUUCAGGUUUUGGGUUGUAUUCUUGUGGGCAUUUUCUGGAUUCGGUUUCUUGGUCGUCGUUUAUGUAGUGUGUACAGGUCAUAGAAGAGGGCGAACAAGGAUGAAACAUCAUAAUAGAAGGAGAAGAAGCUCGAAUGCAGCAUUCAUGGAUAUCAAUGGACGCGAUCGGCACGGCCGUGAUGUUGAUUUAUAAACAAUGUGCUGCUCUUUUUUCCGUUCUCACGCUUAACGCGGGUUGGUCUGAAUUUUAAGAUUGCCAUGCAAGGAUCACAAGGUUAGAACUUAGAGAGCAUGUUUGUGACAUCAUUCUACAAAGCAAGUCAUUUUGAGAGUUCUUGAUUGAGAAAUUUGUAAAGGGAAUAUAUAUGUCUUCGUUUUCUUUAAUUUGAGAGUGUUUGUAUUAUUUUGUACCAAAGAAUCAUAAGGACUUAGCAAUGUAGAACAUAAAGCUGAAACCUACACGUUCAAACUCAA